AUGUUAACGCUGCUAAGUCGUGGAUUGCCAUCGACAAAAUCCAGAGAAUAUCUUAGGAAUCAAUACUUAGGCGGACAAUUUGAAGUGGUCUCAUCAGCCGAACCCCUUUUGGUUAGUUUUAUUCUCCUUCUUUUCUUUUGAAAAUUCCCGUUCUUUUCAAAAAUGUGUGAAAAAAUGUCGUUUAUUUUUCUUUUAUAUUUUUGCUGGAAAAAGAAAAUAUAUACGUUUCAAAAAAUUCAAUUUUGUGUCACUACGUACAAAAACUUUUUAUUGUUCGAAAAGAUCAAAAUUGUUCCGCUGCAAUUUUUUCUUAUCGACAGAAAAGCUUUUGAUGACAACAUUUUCUAGAUUCGCAGAUUGUGAGAUAAUGAAAAUUCCAAGUUUUUUUUUUCAAUUGAAAAAAAAAAAGAAAUUAGGGAUUUAAAAAGAACAUUUUUGGUCUGAAACAUUUUGAAUUCAAAGAGAAGUUGAAUAAAAAGCUUCAUUGAAAUUAUUCCUAGUUCGAGAAAAUGGUAUGUUUCACUUUUUAAAUAAAAAUAUAUUUCCUCUUGAUCGGGAAGUUUUAUAAUACCCUCUCGCUAUCGAAAUGAUGUGUUUUAUAAUUGAACAAAAAAUAUUUUUGAAAAUUUCUAUUCUUUUUUCAUUGUUCUUUUGAGUUCCAAACUUUUAUGAACUGUAUUACUCUCCGAAAAAAUAUAAUUUAAGUUCAUAGAAAUUGUGAAAAUGUUGGGAAGAUUUCCGUAAAGUUAAAAAAUAUACUCAAUCUUUGAUUGCACUCAAUUUUACAAAAAAUUGAUUGUGUUCUAUUUUGGAAUUAUUUACUUUUGAUAGGAAACUUUUUCAUAACGCCCUUUUUUGAAUGAUGGUUGUUGAUUAGUGAAUUGAAUUGUUUUUGAAUUUUCAUAAUUAUUUUUUGAGAAAAAACCAAUCCAGAUACUUUCCCAUGUAUAUCCAAUUUCACUGAAAAAAAAACACAAAAAUUUCUCUUUUUUUUGAAGAACAAACUGACUGAUUCAAAUUUCUAAUUAACUUUCAACCAAAUUAACAUUUCAGUUCUUGAAGGGGCGAAAAAACUAGAACACUUUGAAACAAAGUAAAAAAAACAUUUUUCCAAAAAAAAACCUUAUUCGUUUUGCAUAAAUAAUUUAUUUUCUUUUAUUUUUCCAAAAUUGUUUCUGGUUUCAGAUGUUCUCUUUGCAAAAUUUAAAAUCCGUUGUUUCUUAUUCUUGAUCAUUUUUAUGCCAAAAAAAUCAGGAUCAGAGUGUCUAAAAUCAUCCCGUUUUCCCAUAAAUAUCUGAUUUCAUUUGUGAUUCAUCAGAAAAAAGUUAUUCAUUCUUGGCUCUUGAAACUUUUUUUCAUUUCUCAAUGAAAUUCCCACGGUCAAUAAAUUUAAUAUUCAUACUUCUAGAGUUCAAAAAAAGGCUGACUCUCUACACACGGAAAAAAAGAAACAGAGAUGCAGGUUUUGCUGCUCAUGUAUGCUCAUAUUGACUGAAUUCCUUUCUAGCUUUUGAAAAAUGCUCACGUUUCCCAUAAUUUUAGACACACGUGACGCAAAUCAAAUCAAAUUAUGCAUAUGAUUCAAUUCAAUUCGCAUCAAAUACUUUCUGAUUUUAUCUAUAUUUUUCUUUUUCUUCCUUUUUUUGCAUAAAUAUAAAGAGAUCUGGAUCUUUCAAACACAUAUAAAUCUCUAGACUUGAUACGUACAACUGUCCUCAUAGUCUUAUUUUUCGCUAAAAUCGGACUUUACAUAGAUGUAAAACAAAAAACAACCAAAUUGAUAGAGAUAGACAAUUGAUAUGAUACACACCCACUAUUCCUAUUCUAUAAACUCUUAUUAUUCGACAAAUUUUCAAUAAAAUCGAAGAAAUAGUUGUACUAAACUUGUUUGUGUUUUUUUGCUAUUUUCAUUCUUCUUAAAUUUGUAUUCCAACUAGAAUUAUUUUACUAUUCAAAAAGAAUUGUCAUUUUUUGGUGUGAAAUUCGAUGAAAGUUUUAUUCAAAAAAUCUGACAUUAAAAAUAACUUCGAUCCGAUUGGAGGCAAUCAAAAAUGGAGGGAAACAAUAAAAUCGUCAUUUAUAUUAUUCCAGAGGUCCUUUCUUUUUUGCAGUUAAAAAAAAUAAUAAUUCACCUUCCAUUUCAUUAUUCUUUCUGCAAAGAUCAAAUUGAACAUUCAUUUAUUUUUCAGAGUGAUGAAAAAAUGAAGGAUGUUCAUAUUCGUAUGCCAAGGGUGCUCAACACCUGUCCACCAGGUUCACCAUCACUUCGCCUCGCUUUGGUGGUCCUCAGCAUUGGAGCAGCUAGUCAUUUCUUGGUGAGCUCUCUCUAUACUUUUCUGAUAGUUUCUCAAAUAUCCUAUUUUUUCAGUUAUUCUUGGAUAGUGUUGUUGACAAUCUUCUACCAGCAGCCAUGCCUUUUUUUAUAAGUGUUUACGGGACAAAAGAAAAUGGUGAGUGAGAAAAAAUUGGGAUGACUUAUGAGUCAUCUUCGGAAAAAGAGGGGGUGGGGAAUAAUGGAUUUUAUGCACAAAUUUCUGAUUUUAUUAAAUGGUGUGUCAACGUCAUAUUGUUUUGAUCGAUUUAUUUUGGAAAAUAAUAAUAUCAGAAUUGAUGACUCAUAAAAUGGGUGCAUUUUCUCUGAAUUUUUCAACAAUUGGUUUAAUAUCAAAUGCUUGAAUUGAUUAGUUGAUGACACGGCAAAUUUUGAGAUUUCAAGUGGUUUUGAAUCAUGUAGAAAGAGCAAAGUUUUGAGAGAUGUCUAGAAUAAAUGGGUUAAAAUUUUGAAUAUUUUCAUCCACUCGCAUUCAGAAAGUAAUAUUUUUUUCAAAUUUUGAUACAUGUUUUUUGAUAUUGAUUCACAAAGUUCUGGUAAAAAUAUUCGAAUAAAAUAUAUCGACAUUUUGAACCUUUAUCAAAUCCCCCAAUAUUCCAGAUUUUUCAAACAAAUCAAAAAAGUUUUGAAAAAAAAAACCCAAACGGGUUUAUUUCACAACAAAAGUGACACAUCAUACAAUUCCGAUAUUUUUCAAGUGAUAAAUCAAAUAUCAAAAUACAGUAACCAUCUGAAAAAACUUCUUAUCUUUUUCGCAAAAAGUGCAUCAAAACAUUGUUUCUGACACUUGAAAUGUAUCAAUCUUGUGAAUUUUUGUCAUUGUCCAGGAAAUCAGAAAAACACGCUAUUUGAUCUUUUUUUGUGUAAUUGAUUUGACGAAAAUAGUGUGAAUUUUUUGAUUGAUAAUAAUCUCUUUGAAAAGUGACAUCACACCGAAUCCUGUCACACUUUUCUUCGAAUCGAAUAGUUUUUGAACUUUUUACGACGUUUGUAAUAAAAAGUGUGUUCAUUAAAUUGACACAUGGAAAUCACAAGGAAAACAUAAAAGAUAGUUUGUGUUUUUCAGCCAAUCAUGCUUGGGAAAUGCUGGUGUCAUCAAGAAUUUAUGGUUUGGCAAUUGGAUGUUUCAUUGCUGUUUUGUUGUCGCAUAAAAACGGAAGAAAAUUGCCAGUUAUUGUCGGUAAGAUAUAAAAAACACUUUUGAAAACUUUGGAAGACAACAUGUUUUCAUAUUAGAAAAAGUGCAAGAGAAUACGGUACACAAAUUUUUUUUAGGUACAAUUUUGGAUGUGAUUGGUGUUGUCUUAACACUUUUGAUCACUUAUAUUCCGAGUGGUGUGAUGGUUGCAACUUUUGGAAGACUUAUUAAUGGAAUUGGGCAAGGGAUGGUACAAACAGCGGGUUCUGUUAUGUUGUCAGAACUUCCACCUUUGAAUAAGAGAGGAACAGUUUUAGCAACUUUGGUAAUAUUUUUAUCAAAUUUUGAGUGCUUUACUUUAGAAAAAACAAACUUCUCACAUGUCAGAGAGUUGAAAACAUUGACAGGGCUUCUAAUUUGUAGAACAGAAAACUUAUUUCUAUAUUCAAUCUUGAAAAUAUACAUAAAAGUAUUUGAACCCUGCUUCCAGUGCAAUUUUUUCAAACCGUUUUUUUUCCAGACAAUGUGGGCAUGUAUGGGUGAACUUGGUGGAAUGAUUAUUUCAUUAGAUGAUUUCCUCGGUCGUCCAAAUAUGUGGCAUUGGGCGAUGGGUUUCCCACUCGUCGUUUUGCUCCCAGCCUUGGUCAUCCUCUGGAAAGCUCCAGAUUCUCCAAGAUAUCUAUUUUUGGCAAAUCGAGAAAGCGAAGCAAGAAAAGCAAUGUCGUUCUAUCAAAAUGCUGCAGAUUGUAAACAAUCUAUGGAAGAAAUUUUGAGCGAAAAACAAUAUGUGAGCAAUUUUUUUUUCGUUUUCCCAAUCGAUUAACAUUUUAUAAUCAAAUCAUAUAAUUUUUUAGACCCUUCAAAUGGCAAAAGAAAAAAUCGAUGAGAAUGGGAAUUCAAGCAAAAUUGAAAGAGAAGAAUUCUUACAAAAAACUUUUGAUCGAAUCCAAGAUGGAAAAUUCUUCCGACCACUUCUCAUUGCUCUCUUCAUCCAAACUUUUGUUCAUUUAGAUGAUUGGGUUGGUAAAAUGUGAAGAGAUUUAAAUAUAAACGGGGUUUUUUCAGCUCUGGAUUUCAUAUUCAACUCAAAUUUUCGAAACUUAUGGCUUAUCUUCUGGAAAAGCACAAAGAGCUUCUCUCAUCAUGUCACUUCCACAAGCUGUUAUUAGUAUCGCAUUGUUAGGGUAAGAAAAAUGAUAAAAAUAUAAGACAUAAGACGCGGGAAACUUGGAUAACUUUGAAACUUAAAAUAUACACACAUUUCCUUUAUUUUUUCCUCAAAAGAAUCUUUCUUCUUCCAGCUGCUUUGACAACUUCACCCGCCGUUCACUUUUGAUCUUCCCAACAGUAUUGAGUGUCAUUUUCGGAAUUCUUGCUAUUGUUUUCUCUGCGCCUCAAUUUGCAACAAUUGUCCCAAUCAUGAUUAUUCUUCCAAUUUUAGCUGCUCUUGAUUUAUCCGUUGCAGCAAUCAGUGGCGAAUCAGCUUACGCUAUAGUUCCCGAAUUAUUUUUAGCUAAUGACAAGGUUCUUGGAACUGCUAUUGUUGGAAUUGUACAAAAUGGAUUUGGUGGAGUUCUCACCAAUUUCCUGCUCACUGCUUUGAAUUAUCAUGGUGUAUCAAAUGUUCUUAUUCCAUUUGUUGUAAUGAACACGAUUUAUGCUAUUGUUACAUACAAAUUUUUGCCAGAAACUGGAGGAAAAACACCUGGGGUAAGAUUUGUUUUUAAAACUGUUCAAAACAAAAUUGCUUAAUUUUUUUUCAGGAAAUCUCUCGAAAUUUCUCCGUCGAAUUGCCCGGUGUAAACUUUGUCAAAUAUAUCAAACAUAAAUUCGAAGAGCUUUCUGAAACUGCUGGAAGCAAACCUUUCAUUUUUAAUCUCGUUGGUUUCAUUUUCCAAGUGAUUUGCUGUUUUUUCGUGAUUGAUUUUGCUUAUUACAUGUAUACCAAUAUUGCGAAAUAG